GGCAUUAAGUACGCAUGACUUAACCUAAAACUGUCAAUAUUUCACCACAACAAUUUUUUAAUACUUUAUUAAAACACCUCCAAAAAUGAGCGAAGAAACGAAAUGUAACGGAAAAAUAAAUGGUUUUGAGCCGAAAACACCUUUUUUGAUAGGAGUGGCUGGAGGAACUGCGAGUGGAAAGAGUACGGUUUGUAAAAGAAUAAUGGAAAAAUUGGGGCAAGUAGAUAUGGACCAAACGCAGCGUCAAGUCGUUUGUAUUUCGCAAGAUAGUUUUUACCGAGAUUUAACGAAAGAUGAAUUGGAAAAAGCCGAAAAGGGACAAUUCAAUUUUGAUCAUCCGGCCGCAUUUAAUGAAAAGUUAAUGGAAAAAACGUUAAGAGACAUUUUAGAUGGGCGUAAAUGCCAAAUUCCACAGUAUGAUUACAUAAAUCAUCGAAUAAAGAAAGACGAUACAAUCACUAUUUAUCCCGCUGAUGUGGUUUUAUUCGAAGGCAUAUUAGUUUUUUAUUUCCCGGAGGUUCGCAAUUUAUUUCACAUGAAGUUGUUUGUUGAUACUGAUUCCGAUACUAGAUUGGCUAGGAGAGUCCCUAGAGAUAUAAAUGAAAGAGGAAGAGAUUUGGAUCAAGUUUUAAAUCAAUAUAUGAAUUUUGUUAAACCUGCUUUUGAAGAAUUUUGUUCGCCGACAAAAAAAUUCGCUGAUGUGAUUAUUCCACGUGGCGCAGAUAACAUAGUGGCUAUAGACCUAAUUGUGCACCACAUCUGGGAUAUCUUGCACGGACACCAAAACGGAAUUAAUAGAUCUGCAAAUAUAGAAGCACACUGAUAUUUAAAAUAAAAAGAAAUAACACAAAAACGCACAUUAAAAAAAAAGCACACUAAAAACGCAUUCCAACUUUAAAAGUGUUUUACAUUUAUUUAAAUUAGUUUUUAGUUUAGAUUUUAGGCAUAAUCUGUAUUUUUGAAUCUUACAUUAUUUUAGAAUCCCAUAAAAAACUUAUCAAUGUCAAUAUUACCAACAAAAAGCGUAAAAUUAAAAAAGGGAAAGGUUGCACCUAUUAGUUAAUUAGUAUUUAAGGUAUUUGUAGAUUUAUACAAGCAAAGGUAUUAAUUAAUUCAUAUACAGCCAAAAAAAAAGUAUUUUCUUAACCGUGUAUUAAGUAGACUAAUAAUUUUU